UCACAACCUCUGAGGAUGCCUGCCAUAGAUGUGGGCGAAACGUCAGGAGAGAAUGCACUGGAACAUGGCCAUACAGUCCGGAAAUCUCACAGCAACCCAGUGAUUCCGGCCAUUAAAGCCUUCAGGGCUCCGCAGAAGCCCUCUUCCUGGGCAACCAGUAGGAAACUCGUUCAGGCAAUAGCGGAGGGCAGCCCUCUGCGGGGUCCUGAGGGCAGAAGCAAGAUGGCCGCCCCCAUGGUGGCGAAGCUCGGCACCCUCGCAGGAGGGAUCUGCACUCGGUGGAAAGCUUGGCUGCCUGGACUAACUCAAGUCAGGUGGAGUCGGUAUAACCCUAAUUUCAUUGAACCAGAAGUGAACAAAGAAGUCUAUCAAAAACCAUUGGAACAAUUGUCAGAAGAAGAAAAGACAGCAUGGGAUCUUAAAACAGUCCAACCUAUAAAAGCCACUCCUGCCAAUGUCAGCAGCUCUGUAUUCUAUGACCCAUUGAUCAGCAAAUUCACUAGUCUCAUGAUGAAGGGAGGAGAUAAGGUUUUGGCCCGAUCCCUCAUAAAUCAGACUUUGGAAACUAUUAAGAGGAAACAGAUUGAAAAGUACCAUAAAGCAGAUGAGAAGGAAAAAGAAAACAUUGAAUGCAACCCUUACACAAUCUUCCAUCAAGCAUUAAAAAACUGUGAACCUGUCAUUGGACUUGUGGGUGUUCAGAAAGGAGGCAGAACCUACCAGGUCCCAACCCCACUGACAGACAGUCGGCGACGCUUCUUAGCAAUGAAGUGGAUGAUAACAGAAUGCAGAGAAAACAAACACAGGAGGACACUUAUGCCUGAAAAGCUUUCCAAUGAGUUGCUGGAAGCCUUUAACAACCAAGGUGCUGUAAUAAAGAAAAAGCAUGAGCUUCACAAAAUGGCUGAGGCUAACCGGGCCUUUGCUCAUUUUCGGUGGUGGUAGAACAUACACUAGUUUGCCAAAUGCACCUUCUGAAGAUGGCAACUUUGUUACAAGACAAGGAUUCUUACCUUUUAAAAUUCUGUAUGGCUUUCUUUGCAUAACACAGGCCUGGGAGGGCCAUUGCGAGAUUCACAGCUGCCUCUUCUCUAAUAGUAUGAUAAAGAAGAUAUUAGCUAAAAUAAAAUGUCCUCUUUUUUUUUACUCAA